UUAAUAAUAUUCUUGUAAUUUGGCCAUGGAAUUUCAAUUUGAUAAAAUGAUACUAUUUUCAUUUUUGAUUAUAGGGUUUGUUGGAGUGGUAGUGCGUCUUUACAACUGGUUGGUUGUGAAACCAAAGAGGCUUCGUUCCAUGUUGAAGAAGCAAGGCAUCAAUGGACCUCCACCUGCUUUUCUCCUUGGAAAUAUGAGAGAGAUUAUGAAGAGUCUCUCCUCCAAUGAGAAGACCAAUGAUCCACCUCUCAUCCAUAACUGUGCUGCUCGAGUUCUUCCUUUUUCUGAGCGAUGGUUGAAGGAUUAUGGUCAAGUGUUUGUAUUUUCCCUGGGAAAUAUACAAGUACUGAAUUUGCACCAACCUGAGUUGGUGAAAGAGUUUGCAACUUGUGUAUCCUGGGACUUGGGGAGACCUUUGAUGAUUAAUGACGUUGGUCCUUUGCUUGGUAAGGGGAUUCUAACAUCAAAUGGAGCUUUCUGGUUACAUCAGAGGAAGAUUAUUGCUCCUGGAUUGUACAUGGAAAAGAUCAAGGGAAUGGGGAAUCAGAUAACUGAGUCUGCUAUUACAUUGGUAAAUUCAUGGAAGAGUAUGGUUGAGAGAGAUGGUGGAAUUGCAGACAUCAAAAUUGAUGAGGCUGUUAGUCGUUUCUCAGGUGAUGUUAUUUCAAGAGCCUGCUUUGGAAGCAAUUAUUCCAAAGGAGAACAGAUUUUCCUUAAACUAAGUCAUCUCCAAAAGACUUUGUCCAAGAAAGGUCUAGCCCUUGGGAUUCCUGGAAUGAGGUAUCUCCCCACAAAAACCAAUAGAGAAGCAUGGGCAUUAGAAAAAGAAAUCCGCAAUCUGAUACUGAAGGUAGUGAAGGAGAGACAAGAAGCUGCAGACGAGAAGGAUUUAUUGCAGAUGAUUCUUGAAGGAGCCAAAGAUAGCAAUCUGAGUAGAGAAGAAACAGAGAGAUUCAUAGUUGAUAAUUGUAAUAACAUAUACUUGGCUGGGUGGGAGACCACUACAGUUGCAGCUGUAUGGUGCCUCAUGUUGUUGGCAGCAAAUCAAGAAUGGCAGGAUCGUGUUCGUGCAGAGGUUCUUGAAAUUUGUGGAGGCAACAUGCCAAAUUCUGAUAUGAUUCGCAAGAUGAAACUGCUUAAUAUGGUGAUUUAUGAAUCAUUGCGACUUUAUUCACCAGUUGCAGUAAUAGCAAGGGAGGCAUUAAAGGACAUGAAGUUAGCAAACAUUAAUGUUCCCAAGGGAGUGAACGUUUGGACAACAAUAUUGCUAUUGCAUACAGAUCCUGAGAUAUGGGGAUCAGAUUCUUACAACUUUAACCCUGAAAGGUUUGCAAAUGGAAUAGCAGGCGCUUGCAAGUAUCCAUUUUUGUACAUGCCAUUUGGUGUCGGACCUCGAGUAUGUAUUGGACAACACUUGGCCAUGGUUGAACUCAAGAUAUUGAUGGCUCUCAUUUUGUCCAACUUCUCUCUCACCAUCUCUCCCAAAUAUAUCCACUCCCCUACGUUUGCCCUAGGUGUAAAACCAAAAUAUGGGGUCAUUCUCUUGGUAAAGAAAAUAUAGACACACCGGAUGAGAUGGAUUUUUCUUUUUCUUUUUUUUUUUUAAAUUAAAGUAUAGGUCUUCUGUUCACAUGGGAUUGACUUAAUAAAACUGUAUUUAGAUAUAUUUUUCCAUAAUUUU